UAUUGGCAUUGGCUCGUGGCUGGUUGUAGACGGAGCCUAGGGCUUAUUGCCGCUACCUUGGAUCCAAAUCUGAUAAAAUUUGGCUGGAUGAUGGCGGCUCCGGUCAAACUAGUGGUUGGAUCUCUAGUUUGGGUUGAUGAUCCAGAAGAAACUUGGAUGAAUGGGGAAGUCCAAGAAGUUAAUGGUGAAGAAGUAACAAUAAAUUGUUCAUCACGGAAGUCUGUUGUUGCCAAGACAUCUGAUGUCCAUCCAAAGGAUCCUGAAUUUCCUGAAGGCGGUGUGGAUGACAUGACAAAGCUUGCAUAUUUACAUGAACCAGGAGUCCUGCAUAAUUUAAAAUGUCGAUAUGAUACAAAUGAAAUAUAUACUUACACAGGGAAUAUAUUGAUUGCUGUAAAUCCUUUUCAAAGGCUACCACAUUUAUAUGGUAAUGAUGUAAUGGGCAAAUAUAAAGGGGCAGCCUUUGCUGAGUUGAGCCCGCAUCCCUUUGCUCUUGCAGAUUCCGCAUACAGAUUAAUGAUCAAUGAGGGAAUAAGCCAGUCAAUUUUGGUGAGUGGGGAAAGCGGAGCUGGUAAAACAGAGAGUACUAAGAUGCUUAUGCAUUUUCUUGCUUACAUGGGAGGGAGAGCUGGGAAUGAGGGGCGAUCUGUGGAGCAGCAGGUUUUAGAGUCUAAUCCAGUUCUAGAAGCUUUUGGUAAUGCAAAAACUCUCAGAAAUAACAAUUCAAGUCGUUUUGGUAAGUUUGUGGAGAUUCAAUUUGAUCAAAGUGGGAGAAUUUCAGGAGCUGCUAUCAGAACUUAUUUGCUAGAAAGAUCCCGUGUUUGUCAAGUGUCUGAUCCAGAGAGAAAUUAUCAUUGCUUUUAUAUGCUUUGUGCUGCACCAGCAGAGGUAUAUGAAAUUUCUUCUUUAAGUUUAUAGAGUGGAGACUUGAUCGUCUAAAUGAGAUGGUGUUGAUAAUGAUUAGCGCAACGAUAGAUUUCUUCUGUAUGACAACCUGCAAUUUUGCUUUUUUGUUUUUCUAAAGAACUUGCAGUUAUGCUUUGGCUUAUUUGUUCAUUGCCCUUCCCUAAUGCAACCGACAUUCUUAUUGUAAACAUGAUGCAAAGACAAUGUCAAUGAUUUUUUUUUUUUUAGGUUUAUUAUGAAAGUGCAA